UUCCACGUGGUGACAUAGUUGUCGAGUAUGAUAAAUCUUUGAAUAUCACCUGUAAUCUUUAUCCCGACAUUGCAAAGAAAUGUGAAAAUGCGAGUUCGUACCUAUAUUUUGUUAGGAAUCAAGAUCCAAUUCCAAAAGAUAUGAUUGAAAUUGUCAACUCAUCAAGUAUUCGACUAUACAUCGAUAAACCAUCUAAAGUGGACAGUGAUAAUUAUUAUUGCCGCUUCAAUGAAUCUUUUCAAGAAAACGGUAAAGAUUACAGAUUGGUCUGUAUGAAUACUGUUUCUGUUGGUGUUGCUCCUCAAAAUGUUACCAAUUUUACCUGUAUUGGAAGAAAUCUGGAUAAUCUAACAUGCUCUUGGGAAAUUCCGAAUAAUUAUGUCAAAACUGAUUAUUACUUGACGUAUGCUUUCAAGAAACGCAACUCAGAUGGAGGUCGAAACAUAAAGAAGAAAAAAGUAAAUCAACCGAUAUUUUUCUUUCCAUGUCCGCAACUUGUAGAAGAAGGGAAUACAAUGCGUUGCAUGUGGAAUCUUUCAACGAAUCCUCAGUACAUGAUGUUGGAAUCUAAAUAUUAUUUCACACUCCAAAUGAAUAAUACUUUUGGAACAAACACUAUGCAUUUCCGGCUCGACCACUUCAAGCAUGUUGUUCCGAAUCCACCUGAAAAUUUGACUGCUGUUGCUACAUCGGCCCAUUCUAUUCAUCUUUCCUGGAAAAUUUCAAUAAACAUGGAAUCCUUAGAACUUCAUCACAGGAUAUUGUAUUUCGACUCUUUCGACAAGAUAUGGCAAGUGGCUGGAAAUAUAACUAGCGAAAUAUCAAAGAAAAACACAUUCGAGUUCGAUUUAACCAAUUUGAAGCAUGCACAUGCAUUGUAUGACAUCAGGGUUAUAAUGCGAUCUGCGGCUGCAGAAGGCGAUGAUACCAUGUGGUCCCAUUAUGCAUCUGCGACACAACGGACUAAAAGUGACAUACCUGAUUGUCCACCUCCUACAAUGCAGGGCACUUUCGAGCUCAUCAACAAUAAGUUUUAUAGAGAUGCCUACGUCUACUGGCAGCAAAUCAAAGAAGAACAGGAGAAUGGACAAAAUUUCAGCUACGAAGUUGUGGUGGAGAACAACCGGACGUUGAGACCCACCGAAUUGACCAAAGCUUAUGCCAAAUUCGAAAACUUGGCAGAUUCCAAGUAUGAAAUUAGUAUAUGGUCAAGGAACGACCAAGGGCGGUCUGCACAGAAAUCCACGAUUAUUAUACCAGAAUCACAGGAUGAACUUUCCCCCAACAACAUUAUUGAAGAAGAGGAUGAACUUCCCAUCGACGUUAUUGAAGAAGAGGAUGGCAUUAUCGGGGAAGAGGAUGAUAUCGUCGAAGGAGGGGACGACAUAAUCGACAUCGUAGAUGACAUCGACCUAGGAGAAGACGGUGUAGCCAUGGUAGAUGAGGGUAUCGAUGUAGAAGAAGACGGUGUAGCCAUGGUAGAUGAGGGUAUCGACGAUGACCCGGCGACUGACAAUGGGAACAUCAUUAUAGGAAGUCGUUGGUUGAAUGUUUUAUUCCCAUCGAAAUAA